AUGUAUGACGGCAUCACUGAGUACUGGGUGACGGUGCGUGAACGUGGGAGCUACGAGGAGGAGCACGAAAUGUCCGAGAUGCACAAGUCAACAAGCAAGGCUGCUGGUCCGGUGAACUUGGAAGAGGGAUGCUUUGAUAAAAUCAAAGCAGCCAUGCCCUGUCAGCAGCCCGCCAUUGCUGCUGACUCGAAUGGUCAGAAGAAACCAGCAGAGUCCGAGGCAGCCACCGCCGAUCAGAACCGGCAACAUGUGAAGCGCUUCAUGGAUUCACUCCUGCGGCUUUCGACCAAAUUGAAAAGCCUUCGUCGGGAUAUCCGGGACAACUACAAGGUUGAAUCGUCACUGAAGAUCUUGCAAGAUCACAUCACGCAAGUGGAGAGCCAGUACGAUCUUCUCAACGAGGAGAUGGCCAAGGGCGAAAACGCUGGAUAUGGGAAGGAGUCCAUGUCUCAGACCAGUGGUCGUCUGUCCUCUCGUGCCACUGCUGCAGAGCAGAAGGUGAAGCACUGGCCUCAGGUUCCGAGGAAAUCGAAGCAGUUUUUCGACAAGAAGGAAGCUGGCAAAAACUCUGAUAGCAAGAAACCUGAUGCUUCCGAUGCUACCAAGCCCGCCCGCAGUGCCGGACGAGGAUUGAAGAGCUUCGUCCAAGAAAUAGGUGCCAUGUGCUGUGGCAAUCCGGACUGCAAAGGCCGUCGCGGAAGAGGUCUCCUGAAUGUUGUUGCCAAAGACUUGCGACAUCUUUUUGAACAUGGCAUUGUCAACCCGUUGGAUGGGCAAAGGUAUUUUUUCUGCAUCGUGAACGUGAUGGGCGAUUGGCCCUUUAUUCAACGUGCUGGGCAUUUGGCCCGAUCGUUUUACAAUGCAGCCAAGCAUGCUAGUGGUGUCGACAAACGACUGGAACUAUUGACAGAACGCUUCCAGAUUUGGUGUGACAGAAUGAGACUGAAACCUCACAUACGAAAACUUAGCAAGGAGAACCUCAGCUGGCCAACUACGACAAGCUACCCUUCAGGGGUUUGGUCAAAGGGGCACACAACACGUGUGUUGAACAAAUGGUUCAUUGCUGAGUGCAAUGCGUAUGCGGAGGAAGUUCGUUCAGACAGACUUUUGACCAUUGCCUACCGAUGCUCUGUUUCGAUUGAAAAAUUUUUGAAAGGGCUGUACAGCUAUGAGCUGUGGAUACCGUCCGCAGCUGCCCUGGAAAUCGCUGACUAUGGACUAAAUUUUUUGAUGUGGUACGGGAGAGGGGCGAGAGAAGCCUUCCAAAACUCCAGGCUCCAAGUGCUUCGGACACUUCAACGUAGUUUGAUUGCUGCACGUGUCUAUGCCUUUGACACCCUGAUCAAUCCGUUGGAUCCCAGCACCGAGCUGAUCUACUACAACGCUAGAAACGGAUACAAGGAUGCCUUUGAGGAGGCUGGAGUCUCGAGGUUUCCAGUGGAAUUCAUCCAAAAGGCGCGACCAGUACCAGGAAAUCUGCCACUGCCAGUGCCUAUCAUUUAUGUUUAA